AUGCAUACCCUUUCCGCCCUCCUCCUCCUCCUCCCCCUCGCCUCGGCGCACAUAAACCUAAAGUACCCCGCGCCCCUCAACCACCCCGAAAAUCCCAACACGAACGCUGGCACCGCAGACUUCACCUACAAUUCUCCCAUCACCGCCGCGCAAUUCCCGUGCAAAGGCUACCACAAGCUCCUUGGCAGACCGGCCGGAAAGUCGGUUGCCACAUGGGCGGCCGGAUCGACGCAGAACUUCACGCUCAGCGGCACGGCGGUGCACGGUGGGGGGAGCUGUCAGGCCUCCAUCAGCGAAGAUGGGGGCAAGACGUUCCGCGUCAUUAGGAGUUAUGUGGGUGGGUGUCCGGUGGUUGGAAAGUCCUUUGAAUUUGUGGUGCCGAAGGAGGCGAAGAGUGGGGAUGUGCUUUUCGCUUGGUUGGUUUUCUCCCCCCACGUGUGCUUUUUUGAUAUGGCUUUUUGCUGACUUGGACUGCGCGCGCGAUACAGGACUUGGUUCAAUAACGUUGGCAACAGAGAAAUGUACAUGAACUGUGCGGCCGUCACCAUCUCCGAUGGCGGGAGCAAGGGACUCUCGCACCUCCCCGAGAUAUUCCAGGCAAAUCUGGGUAGCGGGUGUGAGACGGUGCCGAGCAAGGACUUGCUGUUCCCUGUCCCUGGGAAUGACGUCGCCACUGUGAACACGGCGGCAACUGCGCCGGUGGGGGCGUGUGGGCCGAUGGCUCCAGCGGGAGCCAAUUCUUCGGCCUCCGUCCCUCCGGCUUCAUCCACCUCCUCUGCACCUCCGGCUGCGGUUCCUACCCCUACCUCCCUCACCCCUGUCCCCUCCCCCACAACCGUCGCAACGCCAGCCGGAUGCAUGUGUUUCUGCGCCGGUCCCGGCGGCUACACAGCCAACAUCCUACCCAUCUCCGCCGUCGACAAUAUCGCCGAGAAGACGCCGGCUGCCCUCAUCAUAGACCGUCUUCCUACCGCUACUGCUGACUAUGCCUCCUUUCUCUCCUCGGUGCCCACCUCUUCCUCCAACUCUACCACUUCCGCCCCCACAGCGGUCGCCUCUACAGCUACAAAAUCGUCGACGGGUAAGCCGGAGGGCACAGCAACGAUAAUCAAGAUUUCCAGGAGCGGAGGAGCGAGUGCCACGAAGACGUCGCUACAUGUUGACAAAGCGCCGACGGGGGUGGCGAAUAGGUUCCGGAGGUGGUAA